AUGUACAAGCUGCUAAGCGACGUAGGCCGUUACUUUAAACGGCAAGAGAUCACCACGGACUCUAUGGUGUUCCGCUUGCACAACAAUUUCACUACGGCACUGCUGUUCACGUGCUCGAUGGUGAUCACGGCCACCCAGUACGUUGGUAAUCCGAUCUCCUGUAUCGUCCAGGGUCUACCUACGCAUGUUAUCAACACUUACUGCUGGAUAACGUCCACGUUCACCAUGCCCGACGCCUUCAAUCGACAGAUCGGCACGGAGGUCGCCCAUCCAGGAGUGGCGAACGACUUCGGGGAUGUCAACGCCAGGAAAUAUCACACGUACUACCAGUGGGUCUGCUUCGUGCUGUUUUUCCAGGCGCUUGUGUGCUACUUGCCGCGAUAUCUGUGGAAUUGUUGGGAAGGCAAUCUGGUACAAACGCUGGUGAAUGGCAUGAAUCACGGCAUGGAUCAGCAGGAAACCAUAACGAAGAAGAAACACGUCCUCAUGGAUUACUUAAUGAGGCACAUCAGGAGACACAACUCGUACGUGUAUCGGUACUUCGCCUGCGAGGUGUUCUGCCUGAUAAACAUAUUCGGCCAGAUGUACCUGAUGAACCGAUUCUUCGGCGGGCAAUUCAUCAGCUACGGGGUGCGGGUGCUGCAGUUCUCGGACCUGCCGCAGGAGGAGCGGAUCGACCCGAUGGUCUACAUAUUCCCGCGCGUCACCAAGUGCAUCUUCCACAAGUACGGUCCGUCCGGUACGAUCCAGCAGCACGACUCGCUCUGCAUCCUGCCGCUCAACAUCGUCAACGAGAAGACGUACAUCUUCAUCUGGUUCUGGUUCCUGAUACUGUCCGGCAUGCUGAUCGGCCUGCUGCUGUACCGCCUGGCGAUUAUUAUCAUGACGAGCCUGCGCUCGCGGCUGCUGCAUCUGUCGACGCGGAUGCUGCCGAUCGAGAUCUGCCAGAGUGUCAGCAAGAAGCUCGACCUGGGCGACUGGUGGAUACUCUACUGCCUGGCGAGCAACAUGGACUCGCUCCUCUACAGGGAUUUCCUCAUGGAGUUCACGAAGAAGAUGGGCGACACCAGCUCGAGGCCCGUGACGGCAUAAGCGCGAGACCGUCCUAGACGUGUAGCGUGUUGGUGUAUAGUACGAGAAUUACUUAGCUUAAAUACGACAUCGACAUGGACUCACUCCACACCUCGCGACGCGCUUUUCCGUUGCUGAUCGCGCGCGUAUCGUCGUGGCGUCGCGCUACGACUUAUAUAGAUUAUAUUUUCGUACCGCGUCAAGUACCGUAGCGUUAAUCCACACACGCGCGCGAGAGGGAUCGAGGUUGACGCCGGACUUGAUUCCGCUUCCUUUGUACGUGGCGAUUCGGAGUUGUCGCCAGCGAUCUCCUUCAAGCUUUUAAUUAAACAUGAAAAUGGAUGAAGGAAUGACCGAUCGUUUCGACAUCAAUUUUGUUUUUUUAUGACCGUGUAAUAAUUGUUAAAAGUUCGAAGGAUGCUCCGAGUCGCGUUACGCAAGAUUGAUCUUCUCCAAGUCAACGAUCACACUUCUUCGACAUUCCCGGCUUGGGCGAGAUCAGCGCAGCGAUAUUACACUUACGCGGUCUCGCGCGCGCGGAUGAGAUUUUAAUGAGGCAGUUUCAUGUAGAAUAUAUAUGUAGGGAUAGGUACGAAGCUGGUGAGGAGCGAUAGUCCGUUAUUCGACGAACGCUGUUAUUCGAAGAGGAAUGAUCCUAACGCGACUCUGGCGUGAGCAGUGUACGUGAAAAUUUAGCUCAAUUGCGGAACCCGUAUGUCAUGUAUAUAAUGUAACGGACGCGCAAAGGGUGUUUCCACUGCGCGUAUCCCCUUCAUCAGCGGAGCAGGACGAGAACGACGAUGGAAAAGGUAUUUUUAGCUCUUCGAGAUCGUUCGAUGAUCGAAUUUACUUUUAUUCGCCUUGAAAGUUUUCUUGUCCUCAAGGUCUUCAAGAGGACCUCGCGCGAUUCGAGGCAAAGAAUUCCUUAAAAAAAAAUACUCAGUUUCCAGAUGCUUUCAACGAGUUGCGUUUACGUUUUGAUGUAUUGAAGGACGACGUGAUUCUGUGUCACAACUAAUGUCCGAGGACCAGAUAGAUAUAAUUUAUCGCCGAUUGCCUUAGUCGCGCAAAAGUGAUUGUACACUCUGCAUACUCGUUCGCCGGUUGCUCAAAGCGUAUUAACAUUUCCAUUGGCACUUUUACUUCGUGCUCGCAGUCGCGUUCGGGAAUUCGGUACGUCGAUCGUGACGACCUUGGAAAAAGUGCGACGUGUAAUCUAACUGUUCACAUCGGAUUAAGCGAUCUCUCCCGCCCGCCCGCCCGCUCGCUCGCUUGCAUGAAAUGACCGAUGAAGUUGCAAUUUAUCGUGACGUGCAUGUUACCGGCCUGUCGGCCUGGCGUUUUUAGCGGACAUUUAUUCACUCGGCGUGACGCAUGAGCAUCUCAUGAGCGACGCGCGCCUUAUUUAUCCCUUAUAUGUCAAUUAAGAGAAAAGAGGCUACGUUAGAAGAACGCGUGAUCUGGCGUCGCUUAAUUAUGGUAUAGCGUGUAGAAUCCUCGACUUCAAUUUGCUCGAGUCUUUAACGAGCUCAACAAUGACAUCCCGAGUCUUUAUGUAACGGGAAUAUUUUUAUCUUGUUGUAAAACUGAGAGAUAUUUAAUAUAAUAUUGAUAUAAUAUUGAAUAUCAGAGAAUUAGAAUCUCUUGGCAGUUUUUAUUUCUUUUUUUUUUUGUUUUUAGACAAGGUUCAAGUCCGUCAUUCAAAUUAAGGUCGAGGAUUUCGAUACCGAGCAACGUGUAAUCUCAAACUAUCUCCUUCCGCGCAACGUAACGGGGAACAAAUUACUCUCGCAUUACGACUUAAGUCAUGUCCAGGCGCGUUCACGUAUACGCGCUUGUGUACUUUCGCUGCCAACCGAUUGCGUCAUCUUGGACCGCAAGAGAACCGCGUCAUACGAGCUAGCUCGACUAAUAAUGGUUACUGGAGGAUUGCGAUGAUUGCGUAGUGGCGAUCGGAAAUAUCGUAAGAGAAAAAAACUUCUUCGUUCUUCCUUACGUUAACUUUGUUCAAUUCCUUUUUAUUCGUUAAUCGCAUCGGAAUUGAUUUGCUUAAUCGUGCUCGCGUGCAUGUCCUGCAGUUAUUGCGUAAGAUGUGAUAAACAGUAGUAACAAUCGAGAGAGAGACUAAAGGUCGAAGUCUUUGAGAGAGGCGAGAAACUUUAUUGUCGACUCGCUCGAUAUCCCGCGCAAGAUUCUUUAGCCGUUUGUGUUCUACGGACAACGCCGCCGUUGUCGAGACAAGACUUUUCCACUUGGGACUCGUGGACUCGUUCGUUCAUAGCCUCUUAGCGUUUAAGUUUGAUUGUAUCUAAGAGAAUAAAGAUGUGUAAAGAGAU